AUGAAGGUCGCCGUGAUUACAGGAGCCUCCUCCGGCAUUGGUCGUGCUACUGCUGUCGCACUAGCAAAAAAGGGCUACGCCAUCGCCAUCACUGGCCGCUCCCAGGAUGAACUGGAGAAGACCCAGAAAGCCAGCACCGACGCUGGAUGUCCGGCGGAUAAGGUCAUCAUCAUCCAGGGCGAUCUCACCGAGAAGGCCACCGCCGAGAAGAUCAUAGAAGAGACCGUCACCAGGCUGGGCGGCAUCGAUGUGUUGGUGAACAACGCAGGUUUCGCCAUUUCCGGAAUGCUGUCGACGAUGCCGGUCGAGGAGUUUGAUCGUCAGAUGAAUUUGAAUGUUAGGAGCCUCCACCAAAUCACGCAGCUCGCCCUCCCCCACCUCCUCAAGUCUCACGGAAACAUCGUCAACAUCAGCAGCAUUGCAUCGGAAACGGCUCACCCGGCCGCCGGGUUUUACUGCAUCUCCAAGGCCGCCCUCGACAUGUACACCAAGUGCAUGGCUCUGGAGUUGGCACCAAAAGGAGUUCGCGUUAAUAGCAUCAACCCUGGCCUCAUUGACACGCCCUUCCAAAUCACCGCUGGUAUGUGCACAACGGAGAAUCGCCAAGAGCGCUUGGCCCCCUACAUUGCGACAUAUCCGGUUGGAAGGUCAGGACAGCCGGAAGAGAUCGCCCACGCUGUCGUCUUCUUGGCGUCCCCAGAAUCGAGCUUCACCACCGGUGCCAUCCUCCACGUCGACGGCGCCCGAAGACUGGGCACCAAGAUUGAA